ACAGUCUUACGACACAGCAUACUUUUCAAAGUAUAUAAGUACGGCAUACGCGGCCGGAUGGGCCUCUUUAUCGAGAACUUUUUAUCGGGUCGUCGGUUUAAAGUCCGAGUCGGUAACCAGUUGUCUAGCAGUUUUAUCCAAGAGAAUGGAGUCCCUCAGGGAGGGGUGCUUAGUGUGGCGUUAUUCGCAGUGGCGAUUAACGAUAUCGCCGAUGAUCUCCCGGUCUCUAUCGGCAGAUCGCUUUUUGUUGACGAUUUUGCCAUCUGGUUCGCCGCUUCCAGCGCUCGGCACAUGGCCAGACAACUGCAGCUUGCAGUCAGACGGCUUGAGAGAUGGAGCCGCGACAAUGGUCUCCGUUUUUCAACGAGGAAGACUGUUGCCAUGCAUUUCUGUCGCCGCCGCUGCGCCGACCCUACAUUGGGUAUCCGUCUGUACGGACAGACGAUCCCCACGCAGCCGGUGGCGAAGUUUCUUGGUAUGACGUUUGACGGACGUUUGACGUAUAAAGAACAUUUUAGAACGCUUCGAGAACGAUGUUUUAAAUCCCUGAACGUUUUAAAGUGUGUUGCCCGCACAUCAUACGGUGCGGAUCGCAAAACUCUGCUCCUCUUGUACCGGUCGAUCAUCCGAUCGAAGCUGGACUACGCGUGUUUUGUUUAUGAUUCUGCAAGUGAGUCCAGCAAGAAGUCCCUGGACGCAGUACAUCACGCUGCGCUCCGCGUUGCCACCGGGGCUUUCCGCACUUCUCCAAAGAGUAGUCUUCUGGCUGAAACGAAUGAGCCACCUCUAGCUCUUCGUCGCCAGAUGCUGGGGAUGCGUUACACUUUGAAACUUCGCCAAUACCCAACGCAUCCGACGUACCCGUACGUCUUUUCACGUCACGCUACUCGAUCUGACGGGAGGGUACGACCGUCGUUUGGAGAACGCAUGGGAGGUCUUUUUUCAGCUGCUAACAUAUCCUUGCGUGGCGUUCGGCGUACCUGGGACACGCCCCCUCCACCCUGGAAAAACGCCAAUCCGCAAGUGGACCUCUCACUAUCGACUGUUAAGAAGGACAACUUGUUGCCUGCUGAGGCGCGAGCCAGAGCCUUAGAGCACAUUGCCGUUUAUGAUGGUUUUAUCACGGUUUAUACAGACGGCUCGAAGACAACCGAGGGAGCGGGCUGCUCUUUUGUCGCUGGUCGUGACACCCGCUCGUUUUCUCUGCCACCUUCCGCCUCGGUGUUUUCUUCAGAGCUAGUCGCUAUAGAGAAGGCUUUGUGUUUCAUCGAGGUUUCUGGCAGUCCCUUUUACUUGAUUUUAUCUGAUUCUCUUAGCAGCUUAUUGGCCUUACGUACUUUUAACUCAGUUGACCCCAUCGUGCGGGACAUUUUAACUCGGCUUACGUCGGUGGAGCAAUCUGGAAAAUCAGUCCGUUUCUGCUGGAUUCCCAGUCACGUCGGCAUUGAAGGCAAUGAGCUUGCUGAUGCUGCUGCCAGACGCGCCGCCGCAGCACCCUGCACUCGGCGCUUGCCUCUGCCUGCCCGGGAUUUGUAUCCGCUGGUGCGACCUUUCAUGCUUUCAAAGUGGCAGGCAGAGUGGGAUUUGUGUGUAAGGAACAACCUGAGAGAGUUGAAACCAACUCUAGAGCCUUGGCAGUCUUGCCUGCAAGGCAAUCGUUUCCAGGAAGUGGUCCUCUGCAGACUCCGUAUUGGUCACACAUACGCGACGCACAGCUAUCUCCUUUCAGGAGGUGAGCAGCCUUUGUGCAACAGGUGUUCCGUGCCUCUAACCGUCGCUCACGUUCUUUUAUCUUGCCCACUCUUUGAACGGAACCGGACACGCUACCUGGGCUGUAUUGCUCCUGGUACCACUAUCCGCCACCUACUGGGUGACGAGUCACCCUGGGUUUUAUCCGGCAAUAUUUUUUCCUUUAUCCGUUCGGUCAACUUCCAGGUGAUUUACUCAACCUGACCCAAUUCCUCUCUAGUCUACUUGUCUAGUCAGUUGACUGUUACGACGCUCUUGCGUUGUUCUAUCUUACCUUGCCGUUUUUAUCAAGUCUUUUACUUUCUUAGCCUUGGUAUAUAGAAGGUCUCUUGUUUUGAAACACUUGUUUUAUUAGAGUGACGUUAUGGGCGCAAAAUGACCUUCGCAGUCGGCGCGCCCUAAAGCCC